AUGUCAACAAGAACAUUAAAUUAUUGUUUUAGAAAUUCAAAUUUAAAUAAUUUUCUAUCAUCACCUAAUAAUAAUAUUAUUAUACAGAGAACUUCUUCAUCUCUUUUAAAUGAUAAUAAUAAUAUUAAUAGUAAUAUAAAUAAUUGUAAUAAUAGUAAUAUAAAUAUGGAUAAAACAUUUUUCAGUUUUUCAAAUCUUUCCAUUAAUAAUCAUCAUACCUCAUUUAUAACGGAGAAUAACUCUGAAAAUGAUUUAUUUAUUUCACAAUCGAGUAUACCGAUGUUGUUACCAGAGUUUGACCAAGAUCAUAAUCACAGCCACUGCCUAGUGGGCAGCAGCCAGACAAGACCUUCCACACCAACUCCACAAAACUACGUACCAAAAUGUCCAUCUGCACCAAAGAAAAAACCUGUCGUUAAAUCAAGAAGAGGUUCUGCAAUUCCAAGGAUUUUAUUCCAAGAAUAA